UCGUAAUAAUCAAUGCCCUCUGUCUCUCUCUCUCUCUCUCUCUCUCUCGCUCUCACAUAUCCAUCAUCUGGUCUUCUCCCACACUUUCCCUCUCAUUUUCCUCUUUCCUCUUUCCUCAUGAACCUCUCGCCCUCCCCCGUGACUCCGUGACUCACAAGUCACACACCCUAUUAAAAAAAAAAAUUCAAACCAUUUCCACCACCACCGGUAAAGAGAAAAAAAAAAAAAAAAAAGGAAUGAUCUGCAUCUUCUUCUACUACUACUACUACUACUACUACAGGCAGCAGCAUGCGAUCCCCUCAAGCCCUCCGUAACGGCGAGAACCCAUCACCUCACCGUCGCAACAGUAAUUUCUCAACACCGUCGGCAACUCCUCACCACCCAGCGUCUCACUUCCACUCCACCGUGACCGUACACAAGCUCCGCCGCUUCAACUCCCUCAUCCUCCUCUUCCGCCUCGCCGCCUUUUGCUUCUCUCUCACCUCCUCUGUUUUCAUGAUCACUACCAAUACACGCUCCUCCUCCUCUUCUCCGCAUUGGUACGAUUUCGAAGCCUUCAGAUUCGUGCUGGCGGCGAAUGCGAUAGUGGCCGUGUACUCUCUCUUCGAAAUGGUAGCCUCCGUUUGGGAAAUCUCUAGAGACACCACUCUCUUCCCGGAAAGCUUACAGGUCUGGUUCGACUUCGGCCACGACCAGGUGUUCGCGUACCUGUUGGUGUCGGCAAAUUCCGCGGGAACGGAGAUGGCGAGGACGCUGAGGAACACCAACACGUGUACGGCCACAAAUGCAUUCUGCGUCCAAUCAGACAUUUCAAUCGCAUUGGGAUUCGCGGGGUUUCUGUUCCUCGGGUUUUCUUCUCUGCUCUCGGGUUUUCGGGUCGUUUGUUUCAUAAUCAACGGCUCUCGUUUUCAUCUUUGAACCGAGAGAGUGAGGGAGAGAUAAGAGGAAUAUUUGAGUGUGUCGGAAACGUAGGCUUUUUUUUAUUGUGUACCGUACUAUGUGAUUGAUAUGAGUGACGUGGUGUUUUUCUUUGUGUAUGAUUGAUUUGAUCUUCAGAUCUUUAGCUGU